AUGUCUCGCAACCUUUCAGUCACCGAACCACACCCUUCAGUCGUCCGCUCUAGCGGCUACAUCGGUAGCGGCAGAGGUGGUGCUGGAAACUACAGGCUCUACAGCAGCGAGACGCUUACCAACGGACCCAACGCGACUGGUCCAGCCGCCCGUGUCAGCCUCACGAAACCUUUCAAGCGCACGGUUUUGGCUGGCCGUGGCGGUGCCGGCAACAGAGUGACGGAGCACGACGAACAGAUCUUCCAAUUCGAUGAAGACAUGCUGAAGAGGCGAGAGUCGGCAGCACCAAUCUACCAUGUCGGACGCGGUGGUGCCGCAAACUGGGUUGACGAGACCACCCUCAACCCAAGGACAGAGCGCACUGCCAGUACCGAUUCCCGGGCUUCAGUGAAGUCUGAUGGCAGUGCGAGCAGUAGCGUGAGACGAAGCAUGGAAGGUGCGCUCGGGCGGCUCAAGAAGCUUACGAAGUAG